AUGGGCAUCAUCGAUAUUCUCACCCUCGCGGUGUUCCACCCGCACGAGCUGCGUGCCCUCAUCACCUACAAGGUCUGGCGCGACCCUCUCAACGACAUCAAGUCGGACCCAGAGGCGUCGGGCUGGAACCGCGAGUCGAUGCGCACUUGCUGGGAUCUUCUCGACGCCACCUCGCGAAGCUUCAGCGCCGUCAUCAAGGAGCUCAAGGGCGAGCUGAGCAGAGUCAUCUGCAUCUUUUACCUCGUCCUGAGGGGCCUCGACACCAUCGAGGACGACAUGACGAUUGAUGCCGAAAGGAAGAUCCCGCUUCUGAGAAACUUUCACAAGGUUCUCGAACAGCCUGGUUGGACCUUCACCGAGAGCGGACCAGACGAAAAGGAUCGCGAGCUGCUGGUUCAAUUUGACAAGGUCAUCGAGGAGUAUCAGCGGCUGGGCUCUGGUUACAAGGUCGUCAUCUCUGACAUUGCGGCAAGAAUGGGCGCCGGCAUGGCGUCGUACAUUGCCGCAUCGGCCUCGUCGCCCCUCUCGGUACAACGGUGGAAGGACUAUGACCUGUACUGCCACUUCGUUGCCGGUCUCGUUGGCGAGGGUCUCUCGCGUCUCUUUGCGCAAUCUGACAUCGAGCGGCCAUGGCUGGGCGACCAGCUGUCGCUCUCGAACCACAUGGGCCUCUUCCUCCAGAAGACCAACAUCAUUCGAGACUACGCCGAGGACUGCGCCGAGGGCCGGUUCUUCUGGCCUCAAGAGUGCUGGGGCGCCCCUGGUGCGGACUUCAAGAGCCAGGCUGAGGUCGCCAAGGGCAUCGUCGCCGUCUCCUCAGGCGCGAAGCACUAUCGCCCCGAGGGUGAGGAUGGGAAACGAGCCAUGUUCGUCCUCUCCUCCAUGCUUCUUGACGCGAUCUCGCACGCCACACGGGCGCUCGACUACCUGAGCCUUCUCCGCGAGCAGAGCGUCUUCAACUUCUGUGCGAUUCCCCAGGUCAUGGCCAUCGCCACGCUCAACGCAAUGAUGGCCAACCCAGAUGUGUUUCGAAGAAACGUCAAGAUCCGCAAGUCGCAAGCCGUCCAGCUCAUUCUGCGGGCCGUCAACCCGCGUGAUGUCUCUUACCUCUUCCUCGACUUUGCGCGCGAGAUGCGAUCCAAGCUUCAGCCGAGGGAUCCAAACUAUGUCAAGUGGUCUAUUGAGCUCUCGAGGAUCGAGCUGUGGUGCGAGAACUACUACCCCUCGUUUGUCUCGAUGGCUUCUGAGGGCAAACCAGCCGACGCGCGGGCAGCCGCAAUGACACUGUACGCCAAGGAGCGGGCACAGAUCGCAAAGGCCAAGGCCGCCGGUCUGUCUCUCGACACGCCUUCUCAGGGUCUUAUUCGUGAAGGCGGCCAGGGCAUCGAUGCGCGAAGAGAGGCAAUGACGCCCCAAGAGCGAGAAGAGCACGACAAACGAGAGAGAGACGAGAUGAUCAAGUUCUUUGCCAUCAUCCUCGUGGGCAUCACCUUCAUCAUGGGCAUUGUCGCGUUGGCGGCAUGGAUGAUUGCUUGGUACUCUCUGCAGGAUGGCCAGGACCCACUCACCCUCUGGCUCGGCGAGCUGUACCAAGGCUGCAAGGUCUACUUUGCCGAGCAAGCCGCUUACCUCGCAAGGCUGGGCAAAGAGGGUACUCAAGGCCUGAAACGCAAAUACGACCUGUAG